GCGGAUCCCAUCAGUGCGGGCUGUUAGAGGCGUGGCUCUGCGUGGGGAAGGUGCUAUAGGUGCGGCUCAAAUUGUUUUCCUGGAAGUCAGAGAAGGGAAGUGUCAGUGGCUGCAACGUUUGGAGAAACACCAACAAAAUGUCCUUCGAUCUGUCUUCAGCUGUGGGAGGAAAAGAGGAUGAAGUGAAGAAGGAGGAAGCUCAGAAGGACGAGUUUAGCUUCCCAUGGAGCAAAAAAAAGGAUAAGGACAAUAAGGGAGAUAAGUCUGACCACAAAGAUAAGUCUGACCACAAAGAUAAGUCUGAUCACAAAGAUAAGUCUGACCACAAAGACAAGUCUGACCACAAAGAUAAGUCUAAGGAUGGCAGUGAUGAAAAGAAGAAAAAGAAGGAGAAGAAGGGAAAGAAGGAAAAGAAAGAUGGAGGCAGCUCAUCUUCCAGCAGUGAUGAGGACUGAUCAUCUCCCACUGUGGACCUGCUCACUGUGUUUCCCACUCCAGCCCUGAUUCAUUUAGGUGUGUCUGUGUGGUUUAUAAGUGCCAGAUGAUAAAAAUGUGACAACAAAACUGAUUUCUAAAAUUAAAAGUUGUGAUUAAAUAAAUAAAGGAUUUUCCUCUUU